AUGAAACGAGGGUCGAAACCGAUGUCUGUUAAACGGCGAAGCGAAAGUGUUUUGGAUGUGGUGCAAGAUUUAGAGCUGCUAUGUGUCAAAGAGGAGGUUACCGACAUGAGAAGGGCAAAGGAACUGCGCGAAAAGAGAGUCGCUGAGUUGAGGAAAUCAAACGGAACUUUGGAGAUGGUAAGCUCUUCUUGAUCAAUCGAGGCCAAACACACAUACCUCAUAAAACGGAAGACAUACAAAACUAAAACUUUUAUAUUUCAUCAAACUAAAAAACCAAAUUAGUUGCAUGGCCGUACAUAUGCAGUGUUUUCCAGAUCACUGCCUUGCUAAUGGAAUGUUAUAAUUUGCGUCAGACAGCAGACUUAGGAGAAUUCAUUCUGCUAAAAUCAUAAAGGUGCACACAAAAUGUCAACAUUGACGCAGACGUAUGUUUUUUUCCAAUUGUUCCGGUGCGGUAUGCACUAAGUUUCAUUUAGACUUCCAUAUUAUACAUAAUUCAUCAAAAUUUGAAGCGAAAAUAAGAUUUAACAUCAUAAUUGAUCAUGAACGAUAAUUUUAAGGACCUUGUUUUGAAACGGAGAGUAUUAUCUAUAGAAUGAUUGCGACAGACAGCAGAACUGAGUAAUAUGAUUUCACUAAAAGCAUGGAGGUGUAAACAAAAUGUCAACAUUGGUACAAAUUUAUGUUUUCUUUCAAUAGUGGCUUGUUCUAAGCGCUGAUCCCCCAAUAAUAAGUUUCGUCUAUACUUAUGUAUUCAUAGAUAGUUCACCCGGGAGCAAGCGCGUUCGUAAAACAAUCAAAGUAUCAAAAACUUGAGCACGUCAACGCGUAAUUAAAAAACCAGUUUGCUCGUACUUUACAUCGACAAUAUGUUCAUUCCAAACAUCAAUCCUUUCGAUUUAAAAUAGGUCGAGGAACGAGUUUAAUGGAAGUCAGUUGACAAUUGCGCACAGGAACAUGAAUUUUUAUGGAAAUGAAAAUUACAAACCGGACGAAGCAGUAGAGUAUACUUGCAAUAUAAAUCAACCCAGCGACCAGGCAAGAGACAAAGAGCAAACAUUUUUAUGUAUGCGAAGCAAAGUAUGAACUCUUUCAUAUUGAAACUAGUUCGUUUAUUCUAAUCGCUGUGUUCACGAAAUGCAUAACCAGUUCUGGAAACUUUGUGCAUAGAAUUUAACUUCCCAGUCGUAUCGAUAUCAGGUGCGCGGACGAAAAUAUUAUCUAGCGAUAUCCUAGACCCGUUUAAAUUAAGAUCUUAAGCCUUGAACUAAUACGGGUGAAUAAACAAAGAUUCAGUAAAUAGAAGCUGCCAGCAUUUAGUUAUCCAAUACCGACGGAGCAAGCAUUUACUACCAGUAAUGUUGAAUGGCACUUCCUCCUGUUUCCUAGACACGUUUAACUAAAGAUCUUAAGCCUUGACCUGAUACGGGUGAAUAAACAAAGAUUCAGUGGAUAGAAGCCGCCAACAUUAAGUUAUCCAAUACCGUCGGAGCUAGCAUUUACUACCCGUAAUGUUGAAUGGCACUUCCUCCUGAUCUUCACGGUUUUCGCAAAAAGUUGAUGCGGAAAAGACGUAGAAACGUAUACAUUAGUCAGCACAGCGCAUUAGGAUGAAACAAGACGACAGCCGUGCACUUAGUUUGUGAAUUUGAGUGCAAUCUGUUGCCCUCGUAUGCGAAGCAACAGUAGUGGUAAAAAUUAGUCCCAAUCACUACAGGUAGUUUUAAGAUGUGUUCGUCUGUUCGGACGGAGAAAGUUAAUCGAGGGCCUCAAAUCACCAAAUAAAGACACAGCACCGAUAAAAAUCAUUAGUCCCUUUCCUCCUUUGAAAGCAUACAAAUAGGCAUAUCACAUAAAUCAAAAUAUCACAGCAAUUUUUGCUCUUUUAGGUGCAAACACUCCUGAGAUUUUUUUUUUUCAAUAACCAUUCAUUGUUUAGGGAUAUAAGGGAAUCUUAGACGAUAUCAAACAAACACUCGAUCGCCGACGAGUCCUGGAAGAGUACUAUUUAAAAGUUAAAGAUAACCUACAGACAACUGGAGCAGUUAGCGAGACUGAAAUAAAUGACUUUCGGAAGGAAGCUGAGGCAUGUCUCAAGGAUCUCGGAACCGAGAGAUACACUGUUCUCAUUCUUGGUAAGUCCUGCAACAGUAAACUUAAAACCUUUCCAAUCGUUCCCAGACUAAAUUCAGGGGUUUUUCCCUAAGGUUUCAUUUGUAAGGUCAUGGUUCACCAUUAUCAGUUUUAAAAUGUUUCAACUUUUAUUGUCAGCAUCGCCUUACACCGAAAGGCAUGGAACACUCUUCUCCGCCGCUUGGUCUGCGUUAUAAUUAUUUUGGCUCGCCUUCUUAACAGUUAUCCAGCUAGCAAUCCUCUUGCAACUUUGAGACAAGAUUAUCACGGAAAUGAAAACUAUCAAUAACAAAAAAUAAUUGAGAUGUGGAAAGAAUCAAAAUAACUGUCAUUAGAUGCUUCAAAGGGUCUUACAGCUGAGGCAAAUUGCUAAUCAUUUUAAGAGGUUAACUCUUGGUGUCCGACAAAUUAUCUGUCUCUCUUUGAUGUAUAACAUCAGUUAGGAUGAAGAAGGUACGAAUCUCUUUUUAUUCACGGGUAUAUAAAAGGGCUAUAUAAUUUUCAAACAUUCUCCAUCGUAGGAGUGGAAUUUAUUUUUCAUUGUUUAAAACCUUUCCCAUUACACCAAAACAGGAGAAACCAGCGCUGGCAAGAGCAGUCUUAUUAACCUCCUACUUGGCGAAUGCAUUAUGCCAACCAGUAUUCAGCAGAACACACUGACCAUAUGUGAAAUAUCGUAUGGAGAGGCCAAAAAAGCUGUGCUGCACUUCGCUAACGGACGCAAGUUACCUCGUGUCCUCACUGGGGACAAAUUUUACAAGUAUAAAGAUUACGUUAAAAAACCGAUAGAGGACGAAAACUGGUGUGAGUGGAUAGAGAUCAUGAUUCCAAAUCCAUUAUUGGAGGUGAAAAAACUUUGUGUAUUUGGAAUAAAAGUAACAGAGGUAUUUUACGUACAUGAAACAAUUUGGCAUGGAAGAGCAAGAAUCCCUAAUAAAACCUGAAAAAAAAUCAAAGUUUCUCACUGUAUAAGGCUUUGCUGGCACAAGAGCUAUAGUCUAUCACAGAAAUAUUUUUUUCUCACCUUCCUUGCUCGCUGUUGCAUAGGGAUAACAUCACAAGUGAAGUUAUCGGACAUGUAUCAAAACAUAUCUAGGAUUGAGAUCAUUUUUAGUGUCUUGUAUCCUCUGACGCACUAUGCUGUCAAUGUGCUGUGUUAUGCUGUGCCAUUCUUUUCUUUAUUGUGCUGUGGCUCGCCCCGAUAGUGACACCGAAGCUCCCGGUGAAUAAAAGAAUCGCAGUAGGAGUUUAUGAACAACCAAAAAGCAGAAAAACGUGAUUAUUGUUGUGCAUUCAUUUAGUAGAGACACUCACUCUUUAAUUGCUUUCUAUAUUCUGUCAUCGAUUAAGUAUCUAACAAGCUGGUACAAUCAUGUUACUUGAUUACAGUACUUUGAUAGUGUGACAGUGAUAUCACCAACAUUGGCAAACUUUUAAUAUUUACCCAAUACACGACGAUUAUCUCUUAUUCAAUUAACUAUAUCCACUGAGGUUCUCGGCUGCUCUCUCUCCUAGGGUGGUGUAGUGAUCGUAGACAGCCCAGGAAUUGGUGAUUCAAAGCGUGUCAGUGAAAUCACCUUGAAAUACUUGAGUCGAGCCUACGCCUUUAUCUACGUCAUAAACACUCCAAACGCCGGAGGAUUACAACAGGACAGGGUAAACUCAUGACUCUUUAUCUGUCUAAAACACUUUUAAAAAGUAAGAAUGUAUUUAAUUCAGCAUGAGGUAUGUAUCACCCAUAAAGACGCACCACAAAAAAUGCCCUGAAAGCAAAUAUGAUUAUCCAUUCAUUGAAUUUUAGCGUUUGUGAUAAAUCUUUCAGCUGAUGCCUAUCUUAAGUGAAUGGAUAAAACUCUACAAGGGAGAAGAUGGCUGUGGUAUUACUUCGGAAUCUGCUAUUUUUGUCUGUAACAAGUGGGACGAGGUGGAAAAGCAGUGCGACCUAAAUCAGGAGGAAGACCCUGAAAGAAAAAUCAUCGACACUCUCAGAAUGAAUAUUCCCGAACUGGAUGAAAAAUUCCAAAUCAUUAAGAUGUCAGUCUCUAGAGCCACAGAAGUAAAAGAGAGAUUUGACGUGAUGGAUGAUGAUCUUAAAAGUCUUGUGAAUCGACUACAGCGUCUUCUGCCACUUUGCAUUGAGAGAAAAACAGAAUUUUUUUACUAGUAAGUUUGAUUUUAUCUCCCAAUUGAUUACUCAAACUAUCCUAUACCUUGAGCACCCGUUACUGAAGAAAAUUUUUUUCAAGUUCCCUCAGCCCUCGUGAAUAACUCUAUUUGAGAAACCUGCGAAUAAAGAGUAUUCUAAUCCAACGAGAUAUGACACUUGUCCAUUAAAGAGGCCGUAGCAGAUUUCCUAUGAUUUGAAUAUCCUUUUUAUUGUCGAAAGGAGCUACAGAAAUAUGUCACCCCAAAGAAACAUUCAAAUCAACACAUUACGAUGUUUCUAAGUCGUGUUUAAAAUGAAUAUUUGCACAAUUUCGAAAAUGACACCAAAAUACUAAGCUUGCUGAAAUGUUAACCUACUGGUCUUGUUAAGCUAAGAAUCAAUCCAAAAGACUGCUGAGGAAAAAAAAUGAACUGAGUCGCAUUUUACUCUGAGAUAAAAAAGAACGCUUUUUAACAAGUGUUAAUCUUUCUGCUUUAUUUGACAGCUGGAUCAGCGGCCAGCUCUGCAGCUUGUCCGAUCAGCUCAAAGGUGAAAUGCAAAAUGCCAAAAGGACCAAAGACGAACGUCUCAAGGCUCGGAAAGAACUUGGCGAUAAACUCAGCGAACUUAAACAAGGCACCCCCAUUCGGGAAAUUGAGGACGCCAUAACUUCCAGUGUGGACCAAGCACAAAUAAAACUUGCGUCCUACUUACAAACUGAAGAAUUUAGAACAAAAUUUUUCAGAUGGACAGAAGACGAUGUGCCUAAAACGGAAGAGGGUCAAAACUUUUCAAAGAUGAAGGAAGCAUUUACCGCAUGCAUUGAACAACGAUUCGAAUAUACCCUCCAAAAGUGGGAAAGCACAGAUAAUUUUUUCUCCCAAGCACAUUUAGAAUUGGAAGCACUGUUUGACAAAGGUUUCCUAGAAUUUGAGAGAGAAAUUCGAGACAUUGACCGUGUACUUGUCGGAAGUGACGUGGACGGCUUCCAACCUUUUGAGAUUCGCCCGGGACGGAUGUUCUCGCCAUUAGAUCCCAGAAUGAAAAAAUUUCUAGUGAUGACUGGCGUGAUUUUUUGGCCAGUUUUGAUGUCCGUAGGCCUCGCCGCAGGAGUUCUUUCUGCACCCGUCCUUGGAGUACUGGCGAUUGGAAAGCAUCUAAAGGAUCACCAUCUGAAGACCAAUUGUUGUCAGACACUGAAAGACCUCUCAGCAGAGUUCCUCGAGGACUUCAUCACUAACAAAAUCCGCAGUUAUGUCCAAGACAAAUUCAGCGAGGAGACGAAUCGCAUUGCCAGCAUCAAGAGGUGUCACCAGCAAUUAAUCACCAAAUACGAGCAACGAUGCAAAGACCUGACAAAGAGCGAAGAUGAAUCAAGGGAAAAGGAGAUCCUCAAUAAAUACCGUCCACUGUACACAAAUCUGAUGAGCAUGAAUGAAAACUUGAUGUUCGAUGCAAUCCAAAAUGGAAUAAAGGUGAUGUACCCAUCUUGCCAACUUGAAGUGAGAAGACUUCAGUACAAUGAGAGCGAAAGAGAGGCGUGCCUUGGUGAAGGCAGCUUUGGUAAGGUUUUAAAAGGAAGAUACUCUCCUCCUGGACAUAGAAGAAAAGAUGUUGCGGUCAAAAAGAUCCGGAAACAUCCAGAUCCAUCAAAUGUUGCCGCCUUUCUCAAAGAAGCAGCAAUGCUAAAGUAAGAUUUUUUUAAAUAUCAGAUUAGCCAGCGAUCGUGCAGAGGUUGAAGCGCUCAACUUCUAAGGCCUAGCUUCGAUUCUCGGUCUGGUGUUACAUAUGAUUGACCUUGGUAUUAAUUCUUGUCCUUGCCUUUAGGAUUUUUCUCAGGGAUUAUCUGGUUUUCGUUCCUUUAUUAUAUCUAAUGCUAAACUAACGCAAUUUAGCUUGGAAGAGCAAUCGCUUAGCCAUUCUGUAAAAAUUGUCUUAGUCUAUUGAGAGUCAAUUGACUGAUUACAAGUUCACUUGAUUUUAUCCCUUCUAAUCUGCAGAUUAGGAACUACUAUUUUGUGCCAAUUGCAAUUUAUAAUCCGUUUUGAUCUUUCUGCUAUUCAAUCAGGUGUGAGUUUUCUAGUGAGGUAUUAAUUUGACACCAUAUUUUUCACAGGCAACUUGAGCACAAGCACAUCGUAACAUUUUAUGGAGUUGGCAUAGACGUUAAAGAACGACAACUCGUUUCCCUGGUGCUGGUGUUCGACUGUGUAGCAGGAGCCUAGACAAGCAAAUCUUUGAAAACGACGAGUACAUUCCAUGGAAUACGGCUAGUGCAGCAGCUAAGAUAGUACCCUGGGCAAAACAAAUUUUAGAUGCGCUUGAAUUCAUCCAUAGCAAGAAUGUUGUCCAUCGAGAUCUCAAGCUGGCCAAUAUUCUGGUGAGUUGAUAGAAAAUGAACUAUGGUGAAUUAUAAACCAGGUAAUGAAAUGAACAAGCAUCCCUUAUCGUCCUAUCAUGACCAUAGGACAAAACAAAAAUUGUGGUGAGUUUAAGAGUGGAAAUUAGGGAAUCCUCCCAUGAACCCGAUAAAAAGGGCUGGCUGAACUUUUCCAGUAUAUCACUGACCACUUCAACAGUAAUCUGACUGAAAUUUCGACUUGGAAAUAAUUGUAAAAUUGUCUAAAGCAAAAAAUAUCCAAUGAUCACAAGAGCUCGGAUGUCAGGUUCACAUGUUGGAUCAUACUCUGACUUCAUUACAAGGGCAAACAAUAUUACGACGCAACACAUUAGUUACUUAACAAUUCAUUUCGUUCGAAAUGAUUAAACUCCAAUUUUUUGGUCCUUUGGAAAAUUUGCAUGCAAGAUUCUCCAGUUUGAUUCAUGCUUAUGAAAUCGGGAUAAGCUGCAGCAAGAUAAGUCUUCUAGUUCCUAAGCUAUCACUACCUCCGUUUAAAAAUUUGCCAUAUACAAGCGUGGCACCAGGGCAAAGUGUUUCACCUAAAGCUGUAUUAAAUAUCGAUUCUCUUUUUGACUGAAAUUUUUAGGAAAUUAACAUUGCCCGACAUUAUUUGUAGAUUUCAAAACGUGAGCACAUCAAAGUUGCAGACUUAGGUCUAGCAACCUUUAAAGACAAAACCACUGGCACAGUAUGUGGGACUCCUUUAUACAUGGCACCAGAAGUGAUGAAAGGCAAACUCCACAGUGCAAAGGUGGAUAUAUACAGUUUUGGUCUCAUGAUGUGGGAAAUGUGGUUUGGGAAACGCGUCUUUAUCGAACUACGCCGUGAAGAUAUUUAUAGACGAAUUAAAGACGAGAAUUAUCGUCCUCAAAUUCCCAAGGAUGGAAAUCUCCCUCCAGCAGAAUGGAUUGAGCUCAUGACAUCGAGUUGGCAAUCUGACCCAAGUUUGAGGCGAACAGCCACAGAAUGUAAGAACUUUAUUAAGACAAUUAAGCAUCAGUAUGUUAAGUAGGGGAAAAAGGUUGAUUUUCCUCCCUUUGCGUGUACAAUUAUUUUCGAACGAUUGACAGCCACGUUCAGAUAAGUUAAUCCUCAUGAACCGAGAGAGAAGAUCGGGCGAGAUGAAACAUUACUAGAAAUUCUGCUCGACUCGGCAAGAGAGACUGGCCCAUUAGCCCGUCACGUAAAUUUUUGUAGUGAGCCAGGAGCGUCUUUCAUUUUCAUCGAUUGAUGGUUUGUCCCUGGGACUCCAAGCAUGAAGCAUGUUUGGAUCACUCAGCGAUCAUUACAUGAGAACUGCAAUUGAAUUUUAUAACACUUUUGUUAUCAUUAUACGAAUAUUAAGAAUCGUAAUUCUGGCAUCUUAUAACAGCGAGAAAAGUUACAAAGUAGAGUAACGAUAGUAGACAUUUGAGUUUUACUAUGAAGUUAAACAAUCUAGGUUGCUCAUUUGGGAAGACGUAGAGCAAGUUCCUUCAAAGCAGCGGCCAGGUUUCUGAUUCAAUUCCGUAACACAUGCUCGGUUGGAUUCUGCCGGUAUGUGGGGCAGAAAAUGAUUUAAAGACAUAGAACGAGACAAACCUAGGUAUUUUUAGAUUAUCAUCAACAUUUUGGCCUCCCGGAAUUUAUCUCAUGGACGAAGUUUUCUUUGUUCAUUAACGGUCAACGCAAGUAGCUCAAGCUCCCACGAUUAGGCUCGGUAUAAAUAAUGAUGGCGUAAAUAUAUGUUAAUGUUACGCAAUAGGCGAAAUGCUAGGAUUCGUAUAAGUGUAUACGGUCACGCUCUUGACCC